GCUUCAUUGUCUUUUUAAAAUAAGCAAGAUUCAUAUAAACAAUACAUUUACCUAAAACAAAAGAGAAUGGGGUGCCGUGGAGAUGAAGUAACCCAUGUUCUAAUGGUGACACUGCCGAUGCAAGGCCACAUUAACCCGAUGCUGAAACUGGCCAAACUCCUCGUGCCAAGGAACGUCCACGUCACCCUCGCCACCUGCGAACAAGCUCGUCUCAGUCUCUGCUCUGGCAGAAUCCAUAACCCGUGGUUGGAUCUUGCUUUCUUCUCCGACAACUUGGACGACGAAACCAGAACCAACGAGACAAUGCUGCAGUCUCUGAGUCUGGUCGGCCACAAGAACUUGUCCGAAGUCAUCACAAAUCUCAGCACGGACAAGAAAUUCUCUUGCGUAAUCUCGAGCGCUUCCACCCCCUGGGUUCCUGGAGUUGCCUCUGCUCAUGGAAUCCCCUGUGCCGCUAUCUGGACCCAAGCCUGUGCGGUUUUCUCGGCUUACUACCGUUACUACACGAACCCUAGCUCCUUCCCUGAUCUCAAUGAUCCAAAUCAAACCCUUGAACUACCAGCAUUGCCAUUGUUGAAGGUCAGAGACCUUCCAUCGUUCAUGCUACCUUCCGGCGGGGUUUUUGGGAAGAUGUUGGCGGAUGUCUUCGAUUGCUUGGUUAGCGUCAAAUGGGUUUUGGUCAAUUCGUUUCAAGAACUCGAAUCAGACGCAAUCGAAUCGAUGUCUGGUCUGAGACCCAUAAUCCCAAUCGGUCCACUGGUUUCGCAGUUUCUUCUUAAAGAAGAAGAAGAAGACGAGGUUCUGAGCGGGGAAACCCUGGAUCUGUGGAAAUCAGAGGACUCUUGCAUCGAGUGGCUCGACAAGCAAGCUCCGUCAUCAGUGAUAUACAUAUCCUUCGGGAGUAUACUCAAAUCGUCGGAGAAUCAGAUAGCGAGCAUAGCGACGGCACUCAAGAACAAGGGGAAGCCAUUCCUCUGGGUGAUAAGGCCGAUAGAGAGGGCACUAAACAACGCCGUGUUGCAGGAGAUGGUGGGGGAAGGGAGAGGGAAGGUGGUGGAGUGGGGACCACAGGAGAAGGUGCUGGGCCACGUGGCGAUUGCCUGCUUCGUCACGCACUGCGGCUGGAAUUCGUCCCUCGAAACGGUGGUUGCGGGUGUCCCAGUGGUGGCUUACCCGGAGUGGACGGACCAACCCAUGGACGCGUGGCUUCUGGUCAACGUGCUCGGCAUCGGAGUGCGGAUGAGGAACGGCGGCUGCGGAGAGCUGGAGACGGCGGAGGUGGAGAGGUGCAUUNNNNGGGUGACGGAGGGGCCAGCGGCUGGAGAAAUGAGGCGGAGGGCAGCGGAGCUGAAGGCGGCGGCUAGGAUGGCGGUGGCGCGUGAUGGGUCUUCGAGCCGUAACCUGGACGCCUUCGUUGAGGAGAUUAUAAGGACUUAGAGACAUUUUGAAAAAAAUUAUUACCAACUUAUUUAAAUUCCAUAUGUAAAUUUAGAAUUU